UAAUAUUAAACACAACACUUUGCUUUUGAGAAAGAAAAAAACAUUCAAAUCAUUCAUGGCUGUUGAUUCGCCUCUUCACUCUCGGAUGUCUUCACCUACGACCUCUGAGAAAGACGUGAAGGCUCUCAAGUUCAUCGAGGAGAUGACUCGGAACCCUGACUUCGUCCAAGAGAAGGUUCUUGGAGAGAUACUAAGUCGUAACUCGGACACCGAAUAUCUCAAACGGUUCGGUCUUAACGGCUCCGUUGAUCGGAAAACGUUCAAGAGCAAAGUUCCGGUGGUUACGUAUGAAGAUUUGAAGCCGGAGAUUCAACGUAUAUCCAACGGUGAUCGUUCUCCGAUCUUGUCUUCUCACCCCAUCACCGAGUUUCUCACAAGCUCUGGGACAUCUGCUGGUGAGAGGAAAUUAAUGCCGACUAUUGAAGAAGACUUAGACCGACGUCAGCUUUUAUACAGUCUUCUCAUGCCUGUCAUGAAUCUCUACGUGCCGGGAUUAGACAAAGGCAAAGGCUUAUACUUCUUGUUUGUGAAGUCGGAGUCUAAGACGUCUGGUGGGUUACCGGCUCGUCCGGUUCUCACGAGUUACUACAAAAGCGACCACUUCAAGAGACGACCGUACGACCCGUACAAUGUCUAUACGAGUCCUAACGAAGCCAUCCUCUGCCCUGACUCGUCUCAAAGCAUGUAUGCUCAAAUGCUAUGUGGUCUCUUAAUGCGCCACGAUGUUCUCCGCCUUGGUGCUGUCUUUGCUUCCGGUCUACUCCGUGCCAUAAGCUUCCUCCAGAACAAUUGGAAGGAGCUUGCUCGGGAUAUCUCAACCGGAACCCUAAGUUCAAGAAUCUUUGAUCCUGCGAUUAAAAACCGCAUGUCUAAGAUUUUGACAAAACCUGAUCAAGAACUUGCUGAGUUUCUGACAGAGGUCUGUUCACAAGAGAACUGGGAAGGGAUCAUCACAAAGAUAUGGCCUAACACGAAGUACCUCGAUGUGAUUGUUACUGGAGCGAUGGCUCAGUACAUCCCAACUUUGGAGUACUAUAGCGGCGGAUUACCGAUGGCUUGUACGAUGUAUGCUUCUUCCGAAAGUUACUUCGGGAUUAACCUAAAGCCGAUGUGUAAACCCUCGGAGGUUUCUUACACAAUCAUGCCCAACAUGGCAUACUUCGAAUUCCUCCCACAUAAUCACGAUGGAGAUGGAGCAGCAGAAGCAUCAUUAGAAGAAACCUCACUUGUGGAGCUAGCUGACGUUGAGGUAGGAAAAGAGUAUGAACUCGUGAUCACGACUUAUGCAGGGCUUUGCCGUUACAGAGUCGGUGACAUUCUCCGUGUCACGGGGUUCCACAAUUCCGCUCCACAAUUCAAAUUCAUACGUAGAAAGAAUGUUCUGCUAAGCAUCGAAUCCGAUAAAACCGACGAAGCUGAGCUACAGAAGGCAGUGGAGAAUGCGUCGAGGUUGUUUGCAGAGCAAGGAACACGUGUGAUCGAGUACACGAGCUACGCUGAAACGAAGACUAUACCGGGUCAUUACGUAAUCUACUGGGA